AUGACGACGAUUCAUCAUUUUAGUCACCAGGAGCACCCACUUGUGUUGAAAGAUGAAGUUGUUUGCGAGAAUAAACCCAUGUGUUAUGCUUGCAAUAAAUUAGUCAUCACCACAGUACAAGGUUCUGCAUAUACUUGUGCUACUUGUAAGAAUUUCUUUCUUCACAAGACACGUGCAGAAUUGCCGACACAGAUAAAUCACCCUAUGCACAACAAGCAUUCACUCACUUUACUCCCACGCCUCUUACCUCGAAUCACAUGCGACGUCUGUAGGCAUAAAUGGGAGCAUUUCCUCUAUAGAUGUGAAGAUUGUGAUUUUGAUGUAUGCUUACUAUGUACUCUCCAGGAAGAUCGUGCUUUUCGUCAUAUAAGUCAUGAUGAUCACUUUUUCAAAUUGAUCAGGAGGGAAGCAUUGUUUAGUUGUGAUGCUUGUGGACAAGAAGCUAAAGAUUCGUCGUAUUCAUGUAACAACUGUGACUUCUGGAUGCAUACAAGUUGUGCAUCUUCAAGCACCACAGUUUCGAUGCCUAAUUUUCACCGACACCCUAUGCAGCUGAUCUUUGCUAUUCCAGAUAUGCAUCGUAGUUCUGAUCAGUUUUGUGGAAAGUGCAAGAAAUUAGUUCGCAAAAAUUACUGGUCUUACUAUUGUCAAGAAUGCGCAUAUUUUGUGCAUAUCAGAUGUGCUGCAUUACCGGAUACUAUGUGA